AUGAGGACUGGGGAGCGGCUGACGAUGACCCUGCUGAGGACGGAGGGGCUGGAUUCCAAGGCAGCAGGGAAGCAGCGGGCAGGAGACGGGCCUGCUGGCUGCGUUGGCACCAGGCAUCCGUUCCUCACGUCUCACUUGGCCUUGGAGAGCAGCGGAGCUGGCCUCCCUCCCCAGCAGUUCCUCGUGCUCCAGAUAAAUUGUUUCCGCCUGAGCUGCCUCCUCCUCCCCCAGCCCUCUUCCUGUUGCAACACCUCGCCAGCCGGGCAAUAA